AUGUCCAUCACUGUGGACGUGAGCAUCUUGAGUGGCAGGAAAACUUCUGUGAAAGCUGACUUGGACUCAACUGCCCAAGCCCUGAAGCGAAGCGCACAGACUGCCUUGGGUGUAGGCAACAGCCAGCUCUUGGACUCAUCAGGUAGUGUUUUGCAUGAGCAGUCUACCCUCAAGAAAUUCAAGCUGCAGACCGGGGAUUCGCUGACCUUGUACAUCCACAAGGUUCAACUAUGCGGCACAAAGUCCAUCUUCCUUGAGGUACGCAGUGAUUUUGUGGCUGCCUUGGGCGAUGGAUCCGUCAAAAUCUGGGGGGGCCUGUGGCAUGAUGCCACCAGUGCCGCGCAUGAUCAGCUAAGAAACGUGCUGCAGGUCCAAGCCUCUGAACAAGCUUUCGCAAUCAUCCUGGCUGAUGGAUCCGUCGCAACCAGGGGCGACAAAGAUUGUGGUGGCGACAGCAGUGCUGUGCAAGAUGAGCUGAAGGACGUGCAACACAUCCAAGCCACUUUCGGUGCUUUUGCUGCGAUCCUUGGCGAUGGAAGCGUCGUGACCUGGGGAGAUGCAGAGGAUGGUGGCGACAGCAAUGCUGUACAAAAUCAGCUGAAGAACGUGCAGCGGAUCCAAGCCACUGAUCACGCAUUUGCUUCAAUUCUGGGCGAUGGAUCUGUUGUGACCUGGGGCGAUGAAAGCCAUGGUGGCAACAGCAGUGCAGUGCAAGAUAAGCUGAAGAAAGUCCAGCAGAUUCAAGCAUCUUCCUUUGCCUUUGCCGCGAUCCUUGACGAUGGAAGCGUCGUGACCUGGGGCGAGGCUACACACGGUGGCAACAGCAGUGCUGUACAAGACCAACUGAAGAACGUGCGGCAGAUCCAACGUACUUUUGCAGCCUUUGCUGCAAUAUUGAGCGACGGAUCUGUUGUGACCUGGGGCAGUGAGGACCAUGGUGGCGACAGCAGUGCAGUGCAAGACGAGCUGAGGAACAUGUAG